AUGUCCGAUACUACCAUGACCCAAUUCGAGCUUUCAGAGAAUUUGGACAGCUUUGCCCCAUACUAUUGUAAGUUAAGAGCUUCUAAUAUAGAUGCAUACUUAUAUAAAAUUCGUGAUGAUAGUGUUAGACCAAGGAAUUUUCUAGGCACAGACAGUGAGUAUAGUAUCGAAGCUAUACUCUCAGACCAUGAAGGCCAUUCAUUGCACGAAUUUAUUGGUGGUGAUAAGCCACUUCAUCCUAUCAUAGAUUUUGAUUUGCCAAUAGAAACACUAAAUGCUAUCACUCCUAAAGAUAAAAAAAAUAUAACUGUCGCUACUAGUAGUAAUGCAAAAAAAAUAUCCCUUCACAUCUCUACUACUGGUAUGUGGCUUAAGAACAUUGCUCAGAUCGCAGUAUUCACUGAACUUGUUCACAAAAAACUCCAGAUAGGAUUACAGAAGAAAAGUAUUAUUGAUAACAUUGCAAAUAAAAGGUCUUUCUUCUUUUGGAUGCUUGGAUCACCCAAGUAUAAGGAAGAAACGAAAGAACAUGUUCAUAUAAAAAAAGCUAUCUAUCCAAAAGAUGGAACGAUCUUUGACUUCAUGAUUCACCUGCCAAAUAAUGAAUCAGAAGUUAUAAAAAGCCCUCUCUUAGAUGUUUCAGAAAAUAUAAGCAGAAGAAAAUGCUCUACCAUGAGUAAUAUUACUACUGAAGCUGAAUUCAAGUUGGCAAGACAUUGCUUAAAGAGGCCAAUAUUGAAGGCUAUAAUCUCUCAUUUCUGUCAGAAAAUUUCUUUGAUAAAUUUCUAUUAUCAUGCAUUUCUUCAUCAUAUUGCCUAUUAUGUGAUCAGAAACACACAACCUGGCAUGAAAAACCCUUCGUUAAAGCUUACCAUUAGCGAAACAGCUUUAGAUAGAGAAAAAAAGCUUCCAAGUAAAAAAUUCUCUUGUAUGAUUGUCUAUGAGGCAAUUCAAGCAAUGAUCGCCUGCGUUCAGAAGAAAAUGAAAACAUGGAUUCUUAAACAUAGGAAUCUGAAUAGUGAACUUAUGUUUGACAUAGGGCCUAAACUAGAUAUUGCAAAUUUUACAAUUAAUAUAAUAGAACUAGGGGAAAAUAUCUGGUGUAAUGGAAAUAAAAAUCUUUCUGUAUAUGUUCUAAAAUGGCUUGCAUUCCUAAUUCAGUAUCUAAGUAUAAUUCCUGGGACAAUUCUUGUUUUACGCUCCCCACCACGAUGUGAGAAGAAUAUUAUCACUGAUUUUAUUCAAAAAAGUUUAUUCGGGCCAGAUCUUGUAUUCUCAACUUCUGAUCUAGGAAAGAUUCUUGAAUGGUUUAAUAGCCCCAUCCAAGCGCAAAAACUUAUUAUUAUAAAUGAAACAGGAAUGGCUAGUAGUGAAUGGCAUAAGGCAAAUGAUCAUUUAAAAGCUCUUAUUACAGAAAACUAUGUCUCAAUUGAGUGCAAAGGCCUUGAAUUCCAAGAUUGUAAUCAUUUUGCUGGAUUUAUAAUUUUAAGUAAUCAUAAUGCUCCAAUUCGAAUAAAAAUAGAAGAUGGGCGUAUCAUAUGUUUAGAUGUUUCUCCUUACUGCAAAAAUAAUUUUGCAUAUUUUGACCAAUUGGGAGGAAUUCUUGAGCAUCCUGAUACGCCUGAAUCUUUUAUGUCAUAUCUGCUUAGUCUUAAUCUUUCUGGAUGGAAGCCAUGUAAGAUUCCUUCAACCAAAAUGAAAAUAGAAACCAUGCGAGACCAACUACCUAAUCACAUUCGAUUCAUAAUUGAUUAUAUUGCAUCAUGGCCUGAAGAUAAAAUAGCUAAGCUAAGUAGCAAUAUAUUAUAUCAGGAAUAUUUUGAUUGGUGUGGAGGCAAUAGAGAAAAACUAUUUUCUAACAACAUUCUUGGUAAGAAAUUCUUAGAGAUUAAUAUCGAACGCAAGAGAGCAAGUGGUAGAAAAAGAGAAUGGCAAUACAUUCUCGAUCACUCCAAAAUCAUAACUAAGCUCUAUGAAUCUGGCCUAGAUGAUAUCGAAGAAUUUUUUGAUACACCUCAACCCGACUUACCUGAAAACGAAACUACAAAUAUACCCAUAUUCAAUGUGCCAGAAUUUAUUCCUCCAAAAAUAAUCCUGCCUCAGGCAGAAAAGAAUCUCUCUCCUAGUGAUAAGAAAGCAGAUAAACAGAAAAAUCUAAUCCAAGCUCUACCUGAGCCAAAAAUCCUUAUAAGUGGAGUGGUGCCUGAUACGCCUUCUAAAGAAACUGAUUCUUCUAAGCCUAUCAAUGAAAUAUCAUUUGCAAUACUUCUGAGCAGGGCCCAGUGUAAAGAGCGCCUCAGAAAAAGGGCAAUCGAACUCAGUGAAGACCCUAAUAAGUUUGUGACCAUCACAGAAAAAGACAGGCUCGAUUCUACUGCAUUUCAAAGCGAAGAAGACCCAAAAGAAAAUAUGGAAAUGACAGUACGAGAAAGAUUAAUAGGAGAAGAGAUUAUCUGGCAUGAACUCAAAGAAAAAGAAAUCACAUCCUCAUGGCUCGAUACUGAUGAAGAAUGGCAAAAAAAUAUAAGCAUACUUCAGGAGAACG